GCAAAUCCCAGCAAACCUCGGGACCAGGAUGUUCUACGAAGCCGUGCAACGAGGCCACACAGAGGUGGUGCGGUUCCUCUAUAUCCAUCACAAAGAGAUCAACGAAUCAAAAGGGUUCUUGAGCAGGAAACAAAGAAGAUCCGGUGGCUUUUGCAGACUGGACCAUCGCCAUCACUUUCAUGAUUUUAUUCAGUGCGUGUGGCCAGGGGAUCAAUAUGCGUUGCAUCUGGUCGCCCGCUCCUACCGGAAGGAAAUAUGCUCUAAUCAUACGGUGCCCAUGACUGAGUUCCUCCUGCUCAAUGGGGCGAAUAUACACGCGAUUGAUCUGAAGGGCAAGACCGCGUUGCACAUUGCGGCGUACCUUGGAAACCACCAGCUUGUUGCAUCUUUGAUCGAUUAUGACGCCGACAUCAAUGCUGCUGACGUCCAAGGUUAUACCUCGAUACACUGUGCAAUUCUGGCAGGCAGGCUUUCCAUUGUCAGGUUACUUCUGGAAGGAGGGGCGGCUGUUGAUAUAGCAGACCGUUCUGGCCAGACUCCGUUGCACUUGGCGAUUUCGCGGGAGAAUGCAAUAGAGGUGCUUCUCACCAGCUAUGGGGCGGAUGGACAUGCUGCUGAUUCGGAACCUCUGAACUUUGAGCUCCUUGAAUCGAAUCUCGGCUCAUUGAGGUCGUUGGUUUAG